AUGGCAAUUAUUCGGAGUUCCUUCGCGUCUCUGCGAUCGGUUCGAUGCGCCCACAAGCCCCUCACCCGGAGAAGCCUGUCCGUAUCCACCCGACGUCACGGCGGCGGCCACGGCAACGAGUCACAGUAUGAUCCUCCUUCAGGGUGGCUCUGGGGCAUCAAGCCUGGCGAGAAGCCCGAGCCCGAAGGCUGGGAAUGGCCCAUGUACAUAUUUUGCGGAAGUUUGGUCGCGGCCGGGGUUGCCCUUGCCUUCAAGCCCGACACAUCCGUUUCCACGUGGGCUCUUGAAGAAGCUCGACGGCGGUUAGAAGCCGAGGGUAUUAUACCGGACCCCUCUCAAGGAAAGAAGGAGUAG